CUCGAUGGCAAACUCAAUGCUAUUGGAAUGAGGCAAACAACCUUCCAUCUGCCGCAGAGGACUGUGGUAAAGAGGAAGGAAGAAGGAAGAAAGAAGGAGGUGGUUGACCUUGAAGUUCCUCCAGUUCCGCGAUUGACCGACUUUCUUGGGCUACAGAGAGGCGCCCGUGGUUAGACCAGGUUAGCGCAGGACAACGACCAGGAAGCAGGUUCAAAAGUGAACUCGAGCCCCAGCUGCAUUGGAAGGGUGGACGUUACUGUCCAGUGUCAGCCAGUGUUUGGGGAGGUAUCCAUCUGUUUGUUGUGAGUCAGGUUGUACGCAGGGGCAAGUAAAUCUUGCAUCGCAUUCUUAUCGGCAUUUUCUUGUUGACUCGAGGUUCUGCGUCUGCUAGUGCCUCAAUGGCUGCUCCAGUGGAUGAGCACCUUGCUCUCAAGGUGCAGGACAUUCCCCCUGCCCCGCCAUUCCAGAAUCUGGCAGUCAUCCCAGAAGCGGGCAUGCUUGAGAAGAGGCCGCACUGGGGGGCCUGCAAUAAGAACCAUGCUCUCAGGUCAGGUGCACCGUACGCGGUUGAUGGAUGCACAGAGUUCCUGCCCCUGUCUUUGGACCCUUCUGCUCCAGAGCACCUGGUGUGUGCUGCCUGCGGGUGCCACCGAAAUUUCCAUCUCAAAGAUGGACAGAGGCCGAUCCUCUAUGCCACCAUUGCGCCAAAAGCGGGCUUCAAGAAGGGCAAGGGGGCUGGGGGAGCAGGCGCUGCGCCGUUUGACUCAGUCGCAGGGCAGAAGCGGAAGAGGAGUCAGUUCACGCCAGAGCAGCGGGAUGCCAUGCUUCGAUUUGCGGAGAGCAUCAACUGGACCACGACGAAGCAGGACAAGUCGGUCAUCCAGCAGUUCUGCAGCCAGAUUGGCAUCGACAAGAGCAAUUUCACGCACUUCCUGCACAACAUAAAGAAGAAGAGGUCAAAGCAAGCGCAACCACAACAGGCGGCGGGUCAAGUACCAUAUGCGACAGGUCCGUAAGGUUUGAUUAGCUAUGUACAGUGAAUAACGUGAUGCACAAAAGGAAUAUCGAGAUCUGAACAGUCAAUUUCUAAGUACAGGACGGUGCUAAGUUUGCUUUUUCCCCCGAUGGUUCUGGAAGGAAUUUGAUGUACUUGAAAUAGGGCCAUUCCAAAGCACGUGUGACUUUGUAAGUGUGGUACGGAGUCCGAACGCUUGUGUUCUGACGUUGGAUGGGAUGUGGCAGGCAGAUUGCUGUGGUUCAGCUUAUAGGUGCGUAUUGCAUGAUGGUCGCAUAAUUAGUGGAGCUAGACUCACUGAGUCAGCUAGGGCUGCCUAAUACUCAGGGUUGUCGGAGCAUAUUGAAGGAUAACACCGAUGGACAUGUUCCUUUGUGGCGCCACUGACCGGCGCUAAGUAUGUGUUCGUACUCGGUUAGCUAGGUUGUUAACACGCAUUUCACAUGCAUGCGACUGUGUGAUGG